AUGGAGCAGGAUGAUGAGGCACCACCACCUGCAGAGCCGCCAGCAGCCCCUCCAGCAGAGCCGGAGGAGGAAGACAUCACGAGCUACAGGCCGGGUGACACCGUCAUGACCAUCCGCAAGCGAAUACGAGAGGCUCGCAAGGUGCAGCUGCUGAAGGAGCAGCGCGAGAUGCAGGAGAUGCGCGCCAAGUCGCCGCUCCACUCGAGGAUGCCGCUGGUGCCAGAAGCAAAGGUCACAGAGGCGGAGGCGCAUGAGCUAGCUCAAGAAGAUCAAGGUGCUGGCAUGAGCAAUGGCAGGCGGCCGCUCCAGAAGGUGGAGGGCUUCCACAAAGACCUCAUACGGAAAGAGGUGUGGCGGCAGAAGUUCAACUACCUCUUCCGGAAGAUGCUGGCCGGAGUCGACAAUGAGCUGAUCAACGACCGGAAGAAUCGCAGGUUGUCUCUACAGCAGCAACGAGGCCGGGAGGAGGAAGACGCUGAGGCUCGACGUCAACGAGUGGCUGCAGGACUCCAGGAAACCGUCGAGCGCGAUCUGACCAAGCUUCGGAGGGCUUCAGGUGCCGGGUCUCUGGACAUGGCGCGAAUCGCGCAGAUAGCCAUGGCCCAGGAAGUGGAAACAGAAGACGCCGACGCUGGCGAGACCGAAACGGAGGAGGGGUCCGGGCCCGUGGCGAUCCUGGAUGAAGUGGUGGAAGUGAUGGACACUCCGAAGCCACCGAAGCCGUUGAGAUGGCGGAGGACCGGCCCCUUGCGGCCUAAAGCCGCAGUGGCGCUGCCUCCGCCGGUGAACCGGGAGGUCAAGAAGCCAGGAGUGAGUGAAGGCCGUGAAGGGGGUCGUCGGAAGCGUGGCAUAGCAGGCCUGCUUCAGCCGAGCACCUCGCUCCCAGUGUUGCGCACCACACCAGAUUUAGUUGGUGUGCGUGAUGAAUACUAUGAGGGUGAUGAGCUGUUUAUGCACGAGGACGUGCUCUACAGUUCCAAUCCUCGGCUUUUCCCUCUACGUGAAGGUCGUAAACCCUUCCCCACCGUGAAGCUGACUCUGCCGAACUUUGACCUCUUCAACCUCGAGUGA